AAAUUCUCGCACGGGAAGAAUAUAUUGAAUGAAACUCAAAAUCUCGCCGGAGAAGAAAAUUGUUCCAUCUUUGGGAUACCAACUGCCUGCCUGGUUUUUUCUUUCCAUUAGGCGUCAACAUUAACCUUCGAUUUUCCCUGCUCCCUUUCAAUUUCUUGUUAUCUCAUUCACCCUGAUUUUGGAAGGAAGUCAGAAUUUUGGAGACAUUAAUCAAAUUGCAAGUUCCAGGGAAUUGUAUUUUUCAAAAGAAAUUACUGUCAAUUUCAAGUAGGUGUCUAUGCUAGUUUGAAUGGUCUUUACGUGAUUAUCUAGCUUUGAACGUGUUUGACCCAAAGUUCUUCAUUUCUCAGAUUUCUCAUCUUUUCUGUUAUCAAUUAAUGCAAAAAAGAAGAAUGUCAACGGAAAUGGAAUUUGAUGCAAAUGAAGAGAAGCUCAAGACUCUGUGCAUAUCCUCUCUCGAUGAAGAAGAAGAUGACGAAGCUCAAGUGGACGAAACAGAUGACCCAGAUUUAUACAAUGAUGAAGAUGAUGAUGACGAAGAACAAGUUCCUGUAACAUUAGGAUUUGUUGAGAAACCGAAAAAUACUUGGUCACUACUCCGCCAUUAUUUCCCAAGCAAAGCUGGUGGCACUCCGGCUUGGUUGGACCCGAUUAAUUUGCCUUCCGAGAAGUCUAGUCUUUGUGAUUUUUGUGGGGAGCCAUUGCAGUUUUUGCUACAGGUUUAUGCACCACUAACAGAGGAAUCAACAUUUCACCGCACCCUGUUUGUUUUCAUGUGCCCAUCAAUGGCUUGUCUUCUUCAUGAUCAACACGAGCAGUGGAAGCGGCAUCCUGAGAAGCCAUGCAGAAGUGUCAAGGUUUUCCGUUGUCAAUUGCCACGCACAAAUUCGUUUUAUUCAAGCAAUGCCCCCAGUGAAGAUGGGACAGAGCAACAUUUGACAGCUGGAGCGACACUUUGUAAUUGGUGUGGUACAUGGAAAGGGGAUAAAGUCUGUAGUAGCUGCAGAAAAGCACGAUAUUGUUCUGGGAAACACCAGGCUGCACAUUGGCGAUCUGGUCAUAGACUAGGGUGUACCCAGUUGCACACUUCUCUUGAAUUAUCUGAAUCAGCUGCGAGCAACUCUCUCUGGCCACAGUAUGUGAUCACAAAUGAGGAUGAAUGUGAAUUUGAGCAUGAGAUGUCUGAUAGUGAAUAUUCUAAUGCAUUAGUUUCUGGAAAUCGGGUGGAUGAGUCAGUCAAGUCACUGAUGAAUGAUUUUGCUGGAGAUGAUGACAAGAGGAGUUGGGCAUCUUUCCAAGAGAUAAUAUCCCGUGCCCCUGAGCAAGUGUUGAGGUAUUGUAGAUCUGCUAAAGCAAAAGCAUUGUGGCCGGUGCAUAGUGGUCGGCCAUCAAGAUCUGAUAUUCCUGCAUGCAACUACUGUGGUGGCACUCGAGUUUUUGAGUUUCAGGUUUUGCCGCAGCUACUUUAUUACUUUGGGGUGCAAAAUGAUGUGGAUUCUCUUGAUUGGGCAACAAUUGUUGUUUACACAUGUGAGGCUUCAUGUAAAGGAGACGAGGGUUACAAAGAAGAAUUCGCCUGGGUUCAACUUGCGUCCCAAUCAGCACCUUAAAGAUAAAAACUCCCCUCGGAAGUAUAGAAAUGAAAAUCAGGUUGCAAAGAGGAAAUUUCUCCGGGUUAACUUGUGUAAGAAUGAAAAUGGAUCACCUUUGUCAUUCAUGAAAAAAGCAAAUUCGGCAUCUUUUAAGUUAGCGACAGUUUUUACUGUAGUUGUUUCUGGAUAAUGAUUUAACGUGAGAUUGUUGUUAUACUUUUGUUAAAUUUCCAGCAAUUUCACAGUGUCAGUUUCUCCCACGUAGUGGUUGUUUGAAAGUGUUUUUGGAUGCUUGUAAGAAUUCUAAUAGCUUGAUAUAUCAGUUUGGUCCGGUAACUUGCACACAAAA